AUAUAUAUAUAUCCAAUCUUCUUUAUAAACAAAACCUAUAAAUUGAAGAGUUUAGUUAAGUAACAGAUAUGUCCCCCAUUAAGAAAGCAAGUAAAAAUCCUCAAUUAUGGAUAACGGCUCUUAUUGCCACUUCAAUCGUUACAUUAUCAUAUAAAUUAUAUCAAAGUUAUACAUCAAGUGAUACCACUACAACCAACAUAGAAGAUGGUGAGGAGAAGGUAGAAGAAGGUAAAGAGAAGAAAUCAUUUUCGCAAUCCACUCAAACACCAUUUCAAAUCCUGAAAGCAUACCUUAAUAAAUCAAUAGCAUUAACUCUUUCAUCAUCAAUUUUAAAUUCAAAAUUACCCUUGGAUGAUAUUUUAAUAAAAGGAGGUGAAAAUAUUAUAUUCAUCUUACCACCUAAUCUUUCUGAAGAUGAUUUAAAUUAUAAUUUGAAAGUCAAGACCUCUAAUAAUUUCAAAUUAUUAAAAUGCAGUAAUAUUAAUGGAUACGUUCAAAUGCUUAAGAAUUUAAAACCUGAUUUAUUAUUAAUUUGUAGUGAUGAUUUAGGGUUAUCAUAUUUGAAUUUACUGAAAGAUUUAAAUAAUUUCAUUAAAACUAUUGUUAAUUUAGAUCAAAAUAGUGAUGAUGUUUAUUUAAAAAUUAGUCGAUUAUUUAUAUAACAGGAAAGUUAAGUUAUAAAUAUGGUCCUUUUACAUGAUUUAUGAUGAUAAUGAUGAUUUUUUGUAUAUUAGAAAAAGAUUAUUACGAAAACAACCUAAUGAAUUUAAUGAAUGGAAUUUAUAAUAGGAAGAGAGAUGUAAAAGAAAGUCCUGAACUAUAAGUUAUGAGUAAUUGUAACCCAAUGGUUUAUAUAGAUAAGUAGUACAUUAUAAUAAAAAUAAUUAUCAAUUCCAAAGAAAAAAUAGAACAACGUAAGUGCAUAGAUUUUAGGUCUGAACUUACCUUUCCUUUCCUUUCAUUUUACGAGUAGCUACAAAUG